CUUUCUUUCUUUUUCUCUUUUAAUACUAUAUCAAUUAUUAAAUGCUUGUUACUUCUACAUGGCAAACAACUUAAUCUCGAAGUUCAGCAUCAAAGAUCGACCGAAACCAACAAAAAAAGAUAAAUUCCGGAAUAAUUUCCACGGAUUACCACCACGCUUAGAAUCAAAAACAUCAAUAGCUCAACCAUCACAACCGACAUUCGACUCUACUACACAAUCAUCCAACACAGGACAUGGAUCACAAGAGUUAACAUUCUUUACCUCAACUGGUGAAUCCUUCAUUGACAUGCAAAAGACAAGAUCUAGUCGACCACGAAGUUCAAACAAGUCAUCCAAGCCUACCCGUAUACCUUCACUUCGCACACGACAUCCUUCUAACGUACAUCAGGCGCCUAUCAUACAUCACACAGCCAUAUUAUCGAAACCCAAAAGUGGAAUCCAUCACAGCAAGUACUCAAGACCAUAUGAUCAUCUUGUCAAGGUAUUGGAUGGUUAUGAUCUUGACAAUAGUAUUAAUGACGAUAACAAGCGAAGGAAAGAAAUCGAACAACAUCGAGUCCGUCACUAUAAAGCUCUCAUGAUUGAACUACAUAAUCUUUUGCCGGAAAAUUUCGUUAGAUGUGUUCACUUUGCAAUGUUGAACAACAGCGAUGCCAUUUAUGUUAACGAUGAUGUGGACAACAAAGACAAUAUGCCGGAUGACUCUUCUGUCAGCACAAAUGACGAUAAUGAUCGAAAAAACAUUGACAACUUUGGUAUAAAUGAUGGCGAAUACGAAAACAAAAACAGGGAUGAUGCGGUAAUGGAAUUGGAUAACAACAACAACAACACUAUGGAAAUCGAUUACAACAAUAAUGACAGCGAUGAAGUACAGAAUAUUGAUUCCAAUCAAGUAGGUAGUGAUCUGUAUCUCCAAUAUAUAAACAACAUAGGUUUACGGGUACAUAAUAAAUACUAUGGCGAACCGAACGUACUUUAUGGUGCCAAGAAAUAUAUCAAGCAUUUGAAGGAACAGAUCAUGAAACAGGGUAAACUGGAAGAAACUUGUCGUGAAUUACUAAAACUGGAAGAAUUGAAAUAUGCAUCAGAAACUGCAUCAUGGAAAGCAAAACUCGAAGAGGAAAAAGAGAAACACAAACGUCUUACCGAACGACUUGGAUCACCACCAUAGACAUAUAUAGACAUAUAUAUAUAUAUAUAUAUAUAAUCUUUUAGCUAGCUUUAUUAUUACCUGUACAUACAUCCAUUAUAGCAAUAAAGGA